GACGUCAUUAGCAUGUGAGUCUGUAAAUAGAGCGGGCGCGAGGCGGGCGUUAGUCAUUUUCUGUUCGUUUAUUCGAGAAGCAGCAUCAUGCCCGAUCCAGCCAAGACCGCGCCCAAGAAGGGAUCAAAGAAAGCCGUGACCAAGACGGCCGGCAAAGGAGGCAAGAAGCGCAGAAAGUCCAGGAAGGAGAGCUACGCCAUCUACGUGUACAAGGUCCUGAAGCAAGUGCAUCCUGACACCGGCAUCUCAUCCAAGGCCAUGGGCAUCAUGAACUCCUUCGUGAAUGAUAUUUUUGAGCGCAUCGCCGGUGAGUCUUCUCGUCUGGCUCACUACAACAAGCGCUCCACCAUCACCUCCAGAGAGAUCCAGACUGCCGUGCGCCUGUUGCUUCCCGGCGAGCUGGCCAAGCACGCCGUGUCCGAGGGCACAAAGGCCGUCACCAAGUACACCAGCUCCAAGUGAAGCGCGUUACCGCCGUCUUCAUCAACCCAACGGUUCUUUUAAGAGCCACCCACUUUUCAUACAAAGAGCAAUCAAUUUUCUUUCGCUUUCUCUCUUGCUGUGUGUGUGUGUGAGUGAGAGAGAGGGGGGGCACUUCUGAAGUGCUGCUCUCCCACGAAUGUU